AUGUUCAUUGCCCUUCACAUAUUCUCAAGUAAAAAUUCGUGGUCAUCACCACUUGGAGGAUUAUAUUUUUCAUUCAAUUGCACUUGCAGAGAAGCAAAGAAUUUACCUUUUAUUCAAUAUGUAAUAUGUCUUGCUGUAAUCGAGGCUAUAAGUAGGGAAGCUUCUUCUGUGCUGCUGGAAAAUGGCAUCACUUCAGGAUUCAUUGAAAAUUUAAAAAUAAAGUGGCCAAACGAUAUCUACUAUAAAAAUAUUAAGAUAGGUGGUAUUCUAUGUCAUUCAAGCUACUCUGAUGGCGUUUAUCACGUCACGAAUGGAAUCGGAUUGAAUUUGAAUAAUAUGAUAGGGAAGGAAAAAUUAUUAGCGAAGAUACUAGAAUAUUUUGAAGAUUACUAUGAGAUCUUCGAUACCAAGGGUUUCAAAGCUUUAGAGCCUCUAUACUUGAGUCACUGGCUGCACUCGAGGCAAAAAGUUAAUUUUAGAGAGUUUGAUUCGCAAAAGUCUAUAGCUCUGCAAAUUCAAGGCCUGUCUUCGACGGGCUGCCUCCUAGCUGGUAGGAAACAGCGCUGA